AUGGAGUUUACUGCGUCGCCUAAGCCCCAGCUCUCCUCCCGGGCCAACGCCUUCUCCAUCGCCGCGCUCAUGUCAAGCGGCGGCUCCAAGGAGAAGGAGGCCGCGGAGAACACCAUCAAACCGCUGGAGCAAUUUGUGGAGAAGUCACCCUGCGCCCAGCCCCUAGGCGAGCUGACCAGCCUGGAGGCUCACGGGGAGUUUGGAGGCAGCGGGGGCGGCAGCAGCCCCCCGUCCUCCUCGCUGUGUACCGAGCCGCUGAUCCCCACCACCCCCAUCAUCCCCAGCGAGGAAAUGGCCAAAAUCGCUUGCAGCCUGGAGACCAAAGAGCUCUGGGACAAAUUCCACGAGCUGGGCACGGAGAUGAUCAUCACCAAGUCUGGCAGGAGGAUGUUCCCCACCAUCCGGGUGUCAUUCUCCGGCGUGGACCCUGAGGCCAAGUACAUAGUCCUGAUGGACAUCGUCCCAGUGGACAACAAGAGGUACCGCUACGCCUACCACCGGUCCUCCUGGCUGGUGGCUGGGAAGGCGGACCCACCGCUGCCCGCCAGGCUGUACGUGCACCCAGACUCGCCUUUUACUGGUGAGCAGCUACUCAAACAGAUGGUGUCUUUUGAAAAGGUGAAACUCACCAACAACGAACUGGAUCAGCACGGCCACAUCAUUUUGAACUCAAUGCACAAGUACCAGCCGCGGGUGCACAUCAUUAAGAAGAAGGACCACACGGCCUCGCUGCUCAACCUGAAGUCGGAAGAGUUCCGAACGUUCAUCUUCCCCGAGACCGUGUUUACGGCAGUGACUGCCUAUCAGAAUCAACUGAUAACCAAGCUGAAAAUAGACAGCAACCCUUUUGCCAAAGGAUUUCGAGACUCCUCCAGGCUUACAGACAUUGAGAGGGAGAGCGUGGAGAGCCUGAUCCAGAAGCAUUCCUACGCCCGCUCGCCCAUCCGGACCUACGGGGAAGAGGAUGUGCUGGGAGACGAGGUGCAGACGGCGCAGAGCCGAGGGUCGGCCUUCACAACAUCCGAUAACUUGUCGCUCAGCUCCUGGGUAUCGUCUUCAUCCAGUUUUCCUGGAUUUCAGCACCCGCAGUCCCUGACCGCUCUGGGCACCAGCACAGCCUCCAUCGCGACGCCCAUCCCCCACCCCAUCCAGGGCUCCCUGCCGCCCUACAGCCGGCUGGGGAUGCCUCUCACGCCCUCGGCCAUCGCCAGCUCCGUGCAGGGGGGCGGCCCGGCCUUCCCGUCCUUCCACAUGCCCCGGUACCAUCACUACUUCCAGCAGGGGCCCUACGCAGCCAUCCAAGGACUGCGCCACUCCUCCGCCGUGAUGACGCCGUUCGUAUGA